UGCCGUGCGCAAAGCGCGGUAGGCGGGACAAGAGGAGUCGGCCAUGAGCGUGCCGUGCGCAAACCGCGUGUGGCGCAGCGCGGAGAGGAGGAACCCGAAAAUAAACAGCAACGAGUCACGUCGUCGAGCCGUAGGGUACAGUCUGAGGCUAUGAGCAGCAACGAGUGUUUUGGUUGCGGCCGUACAGGCCACUGGAUCAAGAACUGUCCAAAUGCUGGACGUGGACGUGGCAAGGGCCGUGGCAGAGGGAAAGAUCUUUUCUGCUAUCGCUGUGGAGAACCAGGACACGUUGCAAGGGAUUGUGAGAGGACUGAGGACGCAUGCUACAACUGCGGCAGGAGUGGCCACAUCUCCAGGGAUUGCAAGGAACCCAAGAAGGAGAGGGAGCAAGUGUGCUACAACUGUGGCAAGGCCGGCCACAUGGCCCGUGACUGUGACCAUGCCAACGAGCAGAAGUGCUACUCCUGCGGCGGCUUUGGACACAUUCAGAAAGGCUGUGAGAAAGUCAAGUGCUACAGGUGUGGUGAGAUCGGUCAUGUUGCCGUGCAGUGCAGCAAGGCGAGCGAGGUCAACUGCUACAACUGCGGGAAAUCUGGCCACGUGGCGAAAGAGUGCACCAUCGAGGCCACCGCUUAGUCCCGUUUCCUUGUUCGCCCCUCCUUUUUCUGAUUGAUGGUUGUAUUAUUUUCUCUGAAUCCUCUUCACUGGCCAACGGUUGGCAGAUAGAGGCUAUUCCCAGGCCAGUGAGC